GCUCGGGGCUGAACCUCCUCAUCAACAAUGCUGGAAUUGCAAAGAUAAACUCACUUGAUAUGGAGACACUGGAGAGCAUGACUGAGAUUUACACCACCAACACGAUUGGGCCCCUGCUGCUGAGCCAGGUCAGACUUUCACCCAAGCAUUCCCAGGGGAGCCCGGGCUCAGCGCUGAGCUGCAGCAAGGCCGCCAUCGUCAACAUCUCCAGCUCAGCAGGGUCCAUCCAGGAACUCUAUAUGUGGGGUCCCACACAUGUUGUCUCGUACCGCUGCAGCAAGGCUGCCCUGAACAUGCUGAGCAGGUGCCAGUCCCUGGGGUACCGGGAGCACGGCAUCCUCUGCGUGGCUCUGCACCCCGGCUGGGUACAGACCGACAUGGGCAGCGCAGCCGGAUACCAGCCCCCCUUGACGGUGGACGAGAGCGUGCGAGGGAUGCUGAAGGUGCUCUCCUCCCUCUCCGAGAAGGACACUGGCACCUUCCUGGACUGGGAAGGGAAGGUGGUGCCCUGGUGA